AUGAAGGAUCCCGCGACGACACCGAGGACGCCGAACGCGAGGAGCGCGGCGGCAAAGGCGAUUUCCUUGACUGGCGCACCACGCGGGCCUCCCACCGCGCCGCCGACCAGGUCGUCGUCGUCGGUGAUGGAGAAGGCGUGGUCCACGUACGCCAUUCCGAUGAAUCCCGCGGCGCGGGUAAGGUGGGCACUCGCCUCGCCUGGCUGCGGGUACGGUGGUUUCGCGAUCUGGAAGCUCGUGGAAGAAUCGGGGAAAGCGCGGGAGGGGAGGAGGCGGAAGCUUGGGAGGCGGGCAAAGGCGACGAUGAAGAGUCAGAUGGCGCUGUCGAUUCUCGCGGUCGUUGCGGGGUCUUAG